AUCAUACAAAUAUAAAGCCCAAUAAUUGAAUAUCCAUUUACACCUCAAUAUUUCUCAAUCCAAAAUCUCAACCCUAGAUCUAAAAUAGAGCAUAAAAGUCAAAUAAAGAACAAAGGGUAAAACAGGAAAAAAAAAACGAAGAAAAGGGUUUCGUUAGAAAUUCAGAAGAAUAAAUACGUGGUGAUGCUGCAGUAGCCUUCACUUCCACCACCAAAGCAGCCAACAGAAAAAAAAAAAAAAAAAAAAAAAGUAAAGGCAAAAAAACUCUUCUCGAGGAUUUUGAGGAGAGAGAAAGUGAAGAAGAAGACGACACAGUCACACCCUCAAAGAAGCUCAACAUUGAAGAUGAACUAAGAAUUAUUUCUCUAUUUUUCUGCUAUUUUUUCUUUGUUGAUUUUGGAAAAGGUUCGAUUUUCAGAGGAGAGAGAAUGAGUGGAAUGAUGAAUUUUGCACCGAUGAAGCAGCAGAAUCUCAGAAAAACCCUAUUUAUUGCCGCCAUCUUUAAUGGAGAAUAGAAGAUUUUUUGUUGUUUAUUGAUGAUUGAAAGGACUGAAGUUUAUGGUUUAUCGAUGUUGAUGAUGAUGAAGAAGAAUUUCUGGAACUAUUUUAGUUUAAUUCAGUGAAAAAAAAAUAAAUUAAUCGUUUUUUUUUUGGAAGAUCUAUUGAAUCGAGUGGUUAAGGUGAAGAUCGAGUGAUAUUUUCGAUUGAAUCUGAAGGUAUUGAAAGUAAGUUGUGUUUGAUUUAUGUUAUAGUUGAUAUUUCUGCUGUUUUUGGUUUGUUGUGAGGGUUUUUGCGAUUGUUGGAAUGAAUCUAUCUUCAUUGAUUGCGUUGAAGUUAUUGGAUGAUGGCGGUUACUAAGCAAAUGAGUGUACAGUAUGUGUGAGUGUGUGAUGAUUGAUGGAAUUUAUAAAUGUUGGUCAACUUGAAGCGAUAUAACCCUAGUUUUUUUGGCAGAUUGGGAGAUUAUUAGAUGAGAUUAUGAGAUUAAUUGUUGAAGCUGCUAUAAUUUGGAGUUGCUAUUGUUGUUUUAAAGUGAAGUGCAUUUUUGCUGAGCGAAUGGAUUUGAUUUAUGGUUUAUGUGCUUGUUUUUAGCGUGGUUUCGUUGUGAGGACUGUCGAGACCGUUUAAUUUAUGCUGCUUGUGCUUGUUUAGCGUGAUUUGGUUGUGAGGACCGUCGAAAUCAUUUAAUCUGUGCUGCCUGUGGUUAUUGUUAGCAUGAUAUGGUUGUGAGGACUGUCGAAACCGUUUAAUUUGUGCUGUCUGCGUAAUUUAGCAUGAUUUGGUUAUGAGGAACGUCGAAACCGUUUAAUCUAUGCUGACUGUGCUUGAUUUAGCAUGGUUUGGUUAUGAAGGGUGUCGAAACCAUUUAAUCUAUACUGACUGUGCUUGAUUUAGCAUGAUUUGGUUAUGAGGGUGUCGAAACCAAUUAAUCUAUGCUGACUGUGCUUGACUUAGCAUGAUUUGCUUAUGAAGGGUGUUGAAACUGUUAAAUCUGUGUUUGUCUGUGCUUGUUUUAGCAAUGUUGAUAUGCAUAUGGUGGCGGUCGAUAGUAUAUAAUCUAUGUUACUUAUGCUUGUAUUAGUACUCUUUUGAUUUGCUUGAGGUUCUGUGAAAUGUUGGAAGACUCCUUGCUGGAAUUAGGUUUAGCCAUUGAUGUAUUACCUAUCAUAAAUGAGAUUAAUUAUCGAGGUCCUGCCUAAAUUAUGCUUAUAUGUUGGAUUCGAAGUAAAAGUUUGAAUGAUUUGUGUUUUUUUCCCACUAUGUGUUCCCUUGUGAUUUUGUUUGGUCAUGUAGAAAGACGACAAUAGGUUUUCUGGGGGGAUGAUAAUUGAUGAUUUACUUUUAUUGUUUUGGUCUGAUAAAAUCUUAAUUGUUUUCUUCUCUGAUCUGUUUUUUAGGCUUGAAUUACAUGGCUGCAUAAAAUCUGGACCUCUUACAGAAAGUUUAUCAUUAUAUGUAUGUGUGAUUACGGUCAUGUGAGUUUCUGGUGGAUCUUUGUUACUUUGUAUUUCUAUACUUCUUUGCUGCUUGAAAGCUGUAGUGUAAGAGAAGUAUGGUAUUUCCUCUGUUUGACGAAAAAACAAAUUAUCUUCUGUGUUUAUGUUUAUGCAGUUAUUAGUGAUUUCUUUCUUCUUGGAACCUGUGUGUUUUAUGGCAUCAAUUAUGUCUACUGUGAGUGCUAAGUGUGGCCAUGUUCCCUCAACCUUAAGAUACACUGGUGAUGAUGCCCACAUAUCCUCGUGCUCGGUGCUUGUUUUCCUGUAAUGAUGAAUGAUUAAUCUGCUUGGUGUAAUAACUUUAUAUCUAAUAAAAUAAAAUUAUAUGCAUUUGGGUGUACAUGUUUUGUGUUUUCUCUUGCUUGGAUUUCUGAUCGUCACCUAAAACAUUUUUGUCAUGUACCUAGCAUCAAUUUUGAUAUUUUAAAGCAGUCUCUCUCAAAAUAUUUUGUGGCUAUGACUGGUUAGUAAGUUAUAUGAAGGUAAAUGAAUCGACAUCUAAAUGGUAUGCAAAUUGCACCAUUUGCAUGUCUGCAGAUUUCUUUUCUGUGCAUCGGGAAUUUUCUCGUGCUGUUUGGACCAGGACCAUUGUCUAAACAGGUUGCAUAGAUGUCUCUGUCAAUAAAGUAGUCUAGUCUUUGUAUAUAUGCUCAUAGUCUAAUUAAUUCUGUCUGAAGGUUUUAGAAGGUAGUCGGAGUGCAUCAAGACUUGCCCGAAAGACAGUAUCUUAAAGCAUAAAGGAUUAUAAUUUAUUUUCCUUUGCAAGUUUAGUGUUCAAAAUGCCUGUAUCUGAGACUGAAAAGCAUGGAGUACUAGCAUCAGGCUGUCGCUUUAGUAAUAAGGCAGAGCAUGUACCUAUCAAAAAGAGAAGAUUCUUGUUAAGGUCCCCGUCACCACCGCCAGUUUACGACUCUCCAUGUGCGGAGGAGAUUGCAGAUCAAACAAGAAGUCAAGAUGUUUCAAUCAAACUUUUACCUUUGCAAUCUUCAACUUCUGACAUUAGUUCGAGCCAGAUUGUUGAGAAUAAAAAUCGGGUUGAUGCUAAGAAAACUGACAAUUCUAACAAAAGCUUCGGUGAAGAUGAAGAUUUCUCUGGUAUAUCAAUACUUGCAGCUGCUGCCUGCAGUAGCAGUUUGGGAAGAGAUUGUGGUUAUGCGGAGGAUGGUUCAGGCAUUGAAGAGUCUUCUGUGCUGGAGCGAGCGCGGGAAGUUUCUAUUUAUGCUGUAGCACCUUCAUUAUCUAAGGGUUUAUCAAAGGAAGAUGUUAUUAAUUCGUCUGAAAUAUCAAGUGGAGCAACAUCAUCCUGUAUAUCCACAGAGCCAAUUGUAGAGCUUGCAUCUAUCUCUACCACUGUAAAUUCAUCUCAAAAUGUUGUUGCUGUUGGAAAAAUGAAGGAUGUUUCCUUGGGCUUUUCUGCGGAUGUUUCCUGCAGCAAAGAUGAAGAUGAAGGGAAGGACCAGAGACAAUCUUCCCGAGAUGUUAGGUUGCAUUGGGACUUGAAUGUUGUGAUGGAUGCUUGGGAGCAGCCUUUUGACGAUCCAGGAGUUCAAAAUGUUGUUGCUCAUGACAUUUCUCAAGAUGCUGGAAAAGUCGACCACAAUGACAAUAUGGAAUUGAAAGCCCAUGAUUCACGAGAAAAUUUGGAAACUUUACAUGCUGCAAAAAGCUGCCUACUCCCUGGUGAACAGAGAUCACCGGCAAAUCAAAGUUCAGUUGAUAUUAAGGACAAUUAUAAUAUAGAUUCUUGCCUCAAUCUGAAGCAGCCUCAAUGCGUAGGCGAGAAGCCUCUUUCAACCAACUCCAAUCUUAACUUGGAUGUUGUGAAGUGUAUGGUUGAAGACUCUAAAAGCAUGCACCAUGAUGAAAAUGUUGAUCCCACUAUUGGAUUAGUUGCUGCUGCCCCUGAUCAGACUGCUCAAUUGUCAGCUUCUUAUACUGUAAAUGAGGUUGAUGAUCCUUCUGUGAAGAGUUUAGAUUUGAAUGACAAUAGUGUAAGCUAUGAGCCAGUAAUUGAGGGGUUAAAAACAGACGGUGGUGUGUCUUCCCGUCAGUUGCAGAAUUUUGGAAAUGCUUGUGCUUCAGAUGCUAUAUUUGGCGCUGUGUCUGCUGAUAGUUAUAUUAGUUUGUGUGUGUCAUCAAGCUCAAAGGUUAAACAAAAUGUCACUGUUCCAGAGGAUUUGGAGACACCUAAGAAUUUUCAUCAUGAAGAAAAACCUCUAAUAGAGAAUGCUGACCUGAAAACAGUAGAGCAUCAAGAGCAUGCUGAAGUUGCUGUAUCAGAUGAUAAUGCCCCUGUUCACACUGAGGCAUCCAACUCUGUGCCUAAAAGAUUUUUGGUGGUUGGCACUGAUGCUAAUGGUGAGCUCCAGGAGGGUUAUGAUUCCCAAUAUGAAGAUGGGGAGCUCAGGGAGUCAAGUGGACGUGCUUGGGAAGAAUAUGAUGCUGGUGAUAGAGAAGCUGAAAAUAUAGACUAUAUUUCGAACUACAGAGAAACGUAUAUGGCCAAUUCAAGUGAGGACCACGUCUCUGAGUCUGGACAAGUUGAAGAUAGAAAGAGCGGGAGACUGGGAACUGCUGCUGCCGUCGCUUUUCAUGAUUGUAAAAAUGAUAAUGAGGUUUUUAAAGUAUCUUCUGAAGCAGUUGGGAAUGAUAGUGAACAUGUUGAAGUUAACCAAAUAAAAUCAAGUCAUGCUGGAGAGAAAACGGAAAUAAUUCUGCGAAAAGAACUGCUUGAGAGUAGCAAGAGCUUUUCAGAUAUGGGAAAUCAAGGCAUAGAUGAUAUCGGGAGAAAGAAUAGAAUGCCUAGUCAUAUUGAUGGACCGCUAGAUCCCCAAGAUGAAACUAGAGUGGAACCAAAAGCAUUCAGAAGGGGCUUGCAGUCUCAGAUUGAAGGUCCAAUUUCUCGUGAUCAUGCAUAUAGGGAGGAGCGUUUCAAGAAAAUGGAGAAUAGAUUUGAGCCUGGCUCCAUGAGAUCGUUUGAGAGGCCGCGAUAUUCAUUUCACAGUCAAGGUAGAGGACGCCAAGGUGGUAGGUGGGAUGGUUCAUCAGACAAUCGUAGAAGUUUCAGGCGUUACUCACCUAUUAUCCAUGGACAUUCAAAACUCGAUGUUGAUGCUAGUGUGGAGAGAGACGACCAUGGAUGUGUUGGCACUCAAGAUGAUGCAUCAUAUUCUCAACAACUUCCAAAAAGUCGAACUGGUGCUGAUGGAGAGCCUUGUGCUGGAUUUCACUCGCGUUAUAAUACCGAUAGGAAGUUUAGCCCUGAUAGAGCUGGAGGCUUUGGUCGGGGAAGAUCCUUCAGGUGUGGCCCUUUUUCUGAAAGCAGGGGAGGCAGGGGAAGGUUUAGUGGGCCUUCUCCAGAUGAAUCAUUCCAGUCCUCCUUAAAAUACCGUCGUCCUUUGUCCCGCAGAGAGAGAAGUAUUUCUCCAUUUGGUGGUAGAGGGCAGUCAAAUAUACAUCACUCUCGCAGGAAGUCUCCAUCUCGAUCAAGAAGUCGGUCUCCUGUCAUUUGGAAUUCUCCAAGGAGAAGACUGGGGGCUGGAAAUGGUGGUAAUACCUUCUUUAGGCACCGAAGUAGAUCUCCAAAUUUUAGGCCUGAGGCCAGAAUGCAAAGACUAAGGUCACCACAGCAACAACCUGGCUCCGGGCCUGACCAUGCAGGUGGUUUUAGGUCAAUUUCAAGAAACCAUGGAUCUCCUCCGCGUAACCGAUGGAGUUCUGCUCGGAAGGAUGAACCAGGUCAUUUUAGGGAGCUAGGUUACAAGCAGCGGAACUCUGCUCCAGAUAGAUCACCAGGGAGAAUUCGCUUGAGGGAUGACAGAGGUACCGCAAUAGAUUCCCCACGAAACCUGAAGCCUGAUGGGUAUUAUAGAAUUUCAGAUAGGAUUCCAGAUGAUGUUGGUAGAGGAGUUAGAUAUGAGGAGAAUUUUGGAGAAAGAAGGAAACAAUAUAAUCUCCUUCGUCCUGCGAGGCGUAACUUUGAUGAUGGCAUGGCAAAUAAAAUGCAUCAGGAUAUUAAUGAUAGUUUUUCCAUGACUAAUGGUUUUCGGGAUAGAGAUGUUUCAAGUUUUCAGGACAGAGGGUUAAGGGGUAUAGACAGCCGCAUUGGCGAUGGUACAAGGAGGUUUAGAGGGGAAAAUCAUUCUGUCAUAUAUGAAAGAGAUGGAAAAUUUAAUCCUAAUUCAAAGCAAUUUGGGGUUGAUGUCAUGGAUCCAUCACAUAAUUCUAAGUCUGAGGAACAAUAUCGACCCAAUUAUGCUGGAAGAUUUUCUGACACCAAUGGAUCCAAUAGAGGAUGUCGAUAUGAGAACUAUCAAGACAGGCGAAAACACUAUGGUCAGCCUAAUAUCAUGAGGCGCACCGAUAAUGAGGAUCCAGAAAAGAGAUUGAAUCAUGAUGAAACUUUCCAGGAUACUCCAGAGUUUGGUAGCAGGGUUACAAGGGAUUGUGAUGGACGAAUUGGAAGUUUAUCCGCAAGCUUCAGGGAAGAUGAGGAGCCAGUUGUGUGUGGACAAGAGGAUAAACUUGAUGACAACCCACUGUCUGUUGGUGUGCAGAAUUGUGGUGGUGAUGAUGCUACAAAGGGAGUUGUUCCUUCGUAGCUUUGACCUGUGGUUUUGUUCUUCGUUCGGUAUCCAAAGAUCACUGGAAAUUAUUUAAUCUCUUUUUUUAUCUUCUUGAUGUUAUCCCGACAGGAUAGAUAAUGCCUGCAAAUUUUUGUUGGGGUGCUUUUUAUUAGUCUACAUUGGCCCUUGACAAAAAGUUAGGUGGGUCUAGGAAUUUUUUUGAAUCCAGAUACCAUUUUCUCAUUGAAUGUGAUCUUUAUCUUGGCAUUUUCUGGACAUGUAACUCUUGACAUUAUUGUUGUAGGGUUGAAUCAAUGAGAUUUUUUGGGGCUCAUCUUGAUUUUCAUUUUCCUGAUUUCUGAUUGCUUUUUUUUUUUCUUCCUUAUGAAUUUACUGCUGUCAAAGAUGACUGGGGCUUGGGCAAGAUCAAACUUAGCAAGAAGUCCAUCACACGUGUUCUCUUCAGAGAUAUUAUACAUUGAUCAGUUGUUCAGAAAUGCUAUAUAGUGCUUUUUGUUAUUAUUUUCAUUGCCAGGUGAUGUUGAGCGUAGGUGUUGAUGAGUUGAAAUAGGGCAGUGACAGCCUUUUAUAGGGCUUUAUGGCUGCUGUUAUCAGUCGGAUUUUAGCCAUUACAGGACUUAUUUUCUUAUCAUGGCUUAAGGCAUGUUGCUUAUCUGGCACAAAUAUGCAAUAUUGAGAAAAUCGCAGUUGGUGUUUUGGGCAGUGCAUUUAUUCAUAUUUUGAGCUUAUGAUGUGUAUAGCUGGCUAUCAAAAGUUCCACAAAGAACUUGGGGUCUUGCAUGUUGCCUGUCUGCUGAUGUUUGCAAAGCUAUCACUUUUAUUGUCAUUCCUGGCAAGGUAUCCCUCUGCUUAAAUGCUUGAAGGAAUUUAUGUCAGUUGCUAUGUAUGAAUUACACUUGUGAGACUAGGAAGCUUGUACAUUGCUGUGAACCCAAAGGCUAAUGGGCUGCCGUGUGAAGAAUAACAUCAUAUAUACACUUUGUUGCCUGAGAUCAGUGUGGAAUAAAGGUGAGAGCUCUGUUCUUUGUUAUUUUUACUUUUAUCACUUAAUACCCUUUGGUUUGUCUAAUAUCUGGAACUUUGCAACACCUGAUGGUGAAAAGCUAAAUCCUAAUUGCUUCUGAUACUGUCAGCUGUAUUGUUAGUAUUGAGCAUGAAGAGGUGUGUUGAAGUAAAAAAAAAAAAAUAGCUAUACUGGAUUCUCAACCAACCAAUCAUCUAUAAGCUGCUCACCUGCUCAAUGAGCUGAAUAGCAUUUCUAGAUGAAGUUUGUAACAGGUUUCAGAAAACCUCGCCAGCUCUAAGUUCUACUAAUACAGGUAUGUAGCUUCAUUCCGUACUCUGGUAAUUCUUGUGAACAGUCAUAGUUGGCUGAUUAGGUAUUAUGUUUCUAUUGAAAACUCUGGUUACACCUUCUGUAAGAGUGUCCUAAAUUCCUAAACAAAGGUUGAUGAAGGUGUACACAAUUGCACGAGUGCUCUUCUGUUUUCGAGAAAUCUGUUUGGAUUCUGUGUUUGUUUGUUGGUUGUGCAUAUUAUUUGUCCUAGAAUGGCUUCAGUAUGUUGAGAGAAAUGUAUGCUUUACAAAAUUUUGCAAGAAAUUAACAGUUGAUAUCGGAGGUUGCCAGGUUAGUUGACAGAUUUAUUUGCUGUGAAUCUGUGAUUCCUGAGUGAUUUCUCUGUUUCUUCAGUUUUCAGAAAAAUGGAUGUCGAUAAUAUGAAGGGAGUUUAUCUACUUUGCCUCAUUUAUCACCUUUAAUAUAUGUCAUGUAGAUCUGUGGUUGUUUGUUCUAUACCAUCGAGUUCUUCAUCAGCUCGACUUGCUAGUUAUAUAAACCCGAAGAUUGGAAUUAUUUGGUGUUUUAAAGGCAGGCCUUUGAUUUUCUCUGGUUCGUACUUCCUAUUAUAAACAGCCUUUCUCUGAAAUUUUUGAAGGAUAUUGUGGAUAUUGUCCACACACAUGGAAAGAAAACCAACCACAUAUAUACAAGCGGAAUGUGUAAAUUUUGGUGCCUCAGAUGAAGCAAACCGUAGUAUAUAGUACAGACACCAAGGUCACUUCAAGACUGCUGAAUGCUGAUGUUGAACAAUGCAGAGAAACAUCCUGAAUCUGAAAAUUUUAACCAACGGUGUUUAUAUUCAUCUGAAGUGGGUUUGAUCAAACAGUGGUAUCAAGGAGUUUGAGAGAGCUUUAGAAUGUCACACGUCCUAAUCAAGGACUUUGAUUGCAUUUAGGUUUGGAAGUUUGUUUAUAUUAUCCAUGUUUUUUUAUUAUAGGUAGUUUUCCAGUAUGUUUUCGUGGCAUGUUGGAUCUUGAAUAAAGCUCUUUCCAUGUGACAGGUACGGAGUAAUUCCCUCAACAUUGGGUGGACUUGUUUUUGUUUUUAUGACAGGCCACAAAUUGCAAGGAUUGAAGAGGAACUUCUCUAAUGAGUGAAGCCAAAAGCAUUAAAGUUGCAAUGAAGAAAUUCAUAAAUUCUUUCAAAAAUGUCAACCAGUUUAGAUGCAAAAGUUAGAAGGCUAUGAAGACUUGGAUUUAAUUUCGGAGAAAUUCUUCAGAUUUAAAGUAUCGAAAAGUUUUGGUCCCAUGGCUUAAUGAUGGAACAGAAGGUAUAUUUUAGCAUGAGGAUUGAAAACAAUGGCACCAGCUGGUAUUUGGACCAUAUCAGGCAUUUCAUACAAAUAACGCUGUCCGUAACGGUACAGUUAGUAUGUUAUUAGCCUCAAUCUUGAAUGCACUAGAGCUCUCAAGGACAUUGGUAGAUAGCGAUACACCUCUCUUUAGCAUUGUACAUUUGGUACAUUUUCUUCUGGUGUAGUGAGUUUUUUCCUAUUUUGAUGAAAGGUUCAGGUUGAUCAGCUACUAUACCUUUUACAAUUAAUUCUGGAUUCCAACCAGAUAUACCGUGCCUCUUAGCUUUUGCUGCUUAGGCAUUUCUUCGA